UGUAGGUUUCAUCGAUUCACUAGACAGUAGAGGUGACAGACGGACGAAGGCAACGUUUUGUAAACAAACACACGUGCGUGCGUGCCGGGAGUAAAGAACCUGGUUUUAGUUUUGUUUCAAAUUUCUUUUCAAACUCAUAAUACUGAUAACUACAAAAUGAAGAAAGAUAAAAAACCGAAAGCUGCUGUAAAGAACAAAACCGCCGUCGCUCCUCCCACUGCAAAUGGUGAGAAUGGCUUGUCGAAUAAGGAAAGUGUGACACGCAGCCUGGAUUUAAUAAAAACCAUCAAUGACGAUGAAGAGGUGGAAGAUUUCUCCGAGGAGUCGGAAACGGAAAUUGAUUAUCAACCGACCAAGCUGAAAAAUAAAAAAUUGGGCGAUUUCGAUGGAAGUUUUCAGUUUGUUUCCUCGGUGAAGGAAUAUAACCACGAUACAUGGGACGAUUUGAUGCGUUUUGUGAAAAAGAAGAACCGUGGCGAGGUAAACGACAAAAUUGCGAACGUAAUACGAGAGCGCACCAAGGAGAAUGCCGAUGCACUGAAGGAUGAUAUCGACGAUGAUGCUGACAUGCACAAUCAGCAGGUGGAUCUGUCCGAUGACGAGCUGAAGCACGAUUAUAUGCGUGUGAAGGAGCGUAAGGGCAAAAAACCGGUCACUGAAAACGGUGGACUCACCGUGGAGGUAAAGGAAGACGCGGAAGAUGGCACGAAGGAUUACUUCGAAGAGGUGGAGGAAAAUGCAAACGGACAGAUUCAGUCGUUCUACCAGAUGGAUCUCUCACGUCCACUCAUGAAAGCGAUCGGUGCACUUGGAUACAUCUAUCCGACGCCAAUCCAGGCGUCCACCAUACCGAUCGCACUGAUGGGACGAGAUAUUUGUGGUUGUGCAGCAACCGGUACGGGUAAGACGGCCGCUUAUAUGCUGCCCACCCUUGAGCGUCUGCUGUACAAACCGAACGUUUCCCAGGCCAUCACACGGGUACUGGUAUUAGUGCCGACACGUGAAUUGGGCGCGCAGGUAUACCAAGUGGCCAAGCAACUCACACAGUUCACCAACGUAGACGUCGGUAUUGCUAUUGGAGGGUUGGACGUAAAAGCGCAGGAAGCGGUACUACGCAAAAAUCCGGAUAUUGUGAUUGCUACGCCAGGUCGAUUGAUCGAUCAUAUAAAAAAUACGCCGAGCUUUUCGCUGGAUUCCAUUGAAAUCCUGAUUCUCGAUGAAGCCGAUCGUAUGCUGGAUGAGUAUUUCGCUGAACAGAUGAAGGAAAUUAUUCGCAGCUGUAGCGCAACUCGUCAAACAAUGCUUUUCUCCGCCACGAUGACGGAGGAGGUGAAAGAUUUGGCGGCCGUUUCACUGAAAAAGCCAGUGAAAAUUUUUGUCAACAACAAUCAGACGGUCGCAUUCAAUCUGCGCCAAGAGUUCAUUCGUAUUCGCGAAGGACGUGAAGACGAUCGGGAAGCAAUACUGGCCGCGCUGGUUUGCCGUACCUUCCACGACCAUUGUAUGGUGUUUGUGCAGACAAAACGUACGGCUCAUCGUUUGCGUAUACUGCUCGGCUUGUUAGGCGUGAAAACGGGAGAACUGCACGGUGAUUUGACCCAGGCACAGCGUCUCGAAUCGUUGAAGCAGUUUAAGGACGAACAGAUCGAUAUCCUCGUAGCGACGGACGUAGCAGCUCGUGGGUUGGACAUUAGCAGCGUAAAAACGGUCAUCAAUUUUGUUAUGCCGGCCACUAUGGAACAUUACAUUCAUCGCGUCGGUCGUACGGCACGUGCCGGCAAGGCCGGUGUGUCGGUUUCCCUGGCAGGCGAACAGGAGCGCAAAAUUGUGAAGGAAAUCGUGAAAAAUGCAGUCAGCUCGGUGAAGAGCCGUAUCAUUCCGCUGGACAUUAUCGAAAAGUAUCGGAAAAAGGUGGCAGCGCUCGAGCCGGAAAUUGUUCACGUACUGGCGGAGGAACGUGCGGAAAAAUUAUUGCGCCAAACGGAGCAGCGGCUUACCAGUGCCGAACAGAAGCUGAAGGGUAAACCGGGAUUCAAGGACGCUCCGCCGAGAGAAUGGUUCCAGACGCUGUACGAGCGGCGCGAAGAAAAGACACGGCUGGCCGGUGAGGAGGCGAAGGAGAAAAAGCAGCCCAAAAAACGCAAAGGCAACGGUGACGAUGAGGAUGAUUUUGACCCCGUCCGGUACCAUCAGGAAAGGAUGAAAAAACAAAACUCCAAUGCAGUUGUGGAAAAGAAGAAGUCCAAAACGCAAGCGGAUGCCGCUGAUGAUGCAAACAAAACACCGAAACAGUUGGCAAAGGAUAGAGCGCUAAACGAGCUGCGGAUGGUGUCGAUGGUGCAGGCCAAACUGACCAAGAUACGCAAUCGGCCGACACGUGUCAACGCUACCGAAGAGGAAAAUUACAAUGAAAAAUCCACCGGAGGAGGUGGUGGCCGAAAGAACCGAAAGAAACAAAGGGAUUUAUCGCGUUUCGAACGUGACCUGACCGAUGUGGGUAACAAAAACGUUAAGAAGUUGCGUUACGAUGCGUCCAAAAAGCAGCGCAUGGAUAAACUGGACAAACGCAAGCAGAGCGGCAAAAUGGGCGCGGAAAAGCUGCGUAACAAGCAAGGUUUAAAUAAACAAAAUAAGGGCAAAUCAUUCGGUCAGAAGGCACCGAAAAAGGGCAAACCGGCUGGAGGCAAAGGAAUGAAACGAGGUGGCGGUAUGGGAGGCAAAAAGCGAAAGUAAGGGUAGGAAACAGACAAAGCUAAUGUGAAGAAGAUUUGUCUACUGUUGAAACAAUUGGCAAAUAU